UUAAAAUGUCUUAUCAAAUUAAAGUAAUUACUUCGCUUUUUUAUAUAAUCAUGCAUGACCUAAAUUCAAUUUAAAUCGCCAAGACACCAUCCAUCUUUCUCAUUUAAGAGAAAAUAAAUACGGAAAUUAAAAUUGUGCAUGGUAUCACAACAAUGUAAUUAAGUAAUAAUUAAUAUUGGUAAAUAAUUAUUCAAAAACAAACGGCUGAGACUAGAUUAUGUGAUAGAAAACCAUCAUUUUGGAGUCUGCCUACGAUAUGCAGAAAAUUUUUUUCAUGCCAAAUUUGUUGUUAAACGUUGAGAGUGAAUUCUAAAUUUAAAAAAACCAAAAUGUUAUUAUCACCAAUGGUAAUUUGCCUACUCUUUGUGUCACUUUAAAUAAACGAACUUGCAUAAGACUACUAUCUACUAUCUCCUAAUAUAUCUUUCAUUUCAGGAAGGAUGUGGACAAACGUAAUUGGCAUUCAGAUGAUGAUCUUCUUCUACUGUGCGAAAAUGUCAACACAACAAUCCUGUGCGACUAAUUACAAAAAAAAUGAGGUAUACUGUGACAGAUGCAACUCGCAACUCGACUUACAGAAAAAAAUUCACGAACUAACAAGAAGAAUUAAUCCUCAUCAUAUUCGCCAACUGACUAUUGUCAGAAGUAACAUUGAUAUAUUAACUCCAAAGAAGUUUGAAAUAUUCAAUCGACUUGAAAGUCUCUACUUAACUGGAAAUAAAAUUGGCAUUAUACCGUCGAAAGCGUUUGAAGAUCUACAUCUACAACACCUUAGUAUAUUCAGUAACGAAAUCCAUCAAAUACAACCACAAGCGCUGUAUGGAUUGAAAGACUUGAAAGACUUAACAUUUUCAUUUAACAAUCUAAAGGAGGUUCCCAAAGGCCUAAUCAGCAAUUUAACUGCCUUAGUAUACUUGAACAUGGACAACAAUAACAUAAUGAGUUUGCUACCCUCUGAUUUCGUAGGACUAAAGAACUUAAAACACCUUCGAUUGUCUUCAAAUAAUUUGAGCUAUAUCGGUCGUGGUGCUUUUGACAAUUUAAACACUUUGGAAAAAAUUAUAUUAGUUAACAAUAAUAUUUCGGCUUUAAAUGAAAACGUCUUCAAUGCCAAUGGAUUAAAGGAACUGCAUUUAAGUCAGAAUCCUUUGGUAUCCAUACACGCUUUGGCAUUUGCGCACAGCACAAACCUAGAAGCCUUGUACUUAAAUAACAACAAAAUUAGAACAUUUAACGAAACAGUAUUCAAUCGAUUGCAUUUUUUGAAAAAGCUUAUUUUGGCUUCAAAUGAUAUUGUGCAACUUCCCAAUAAUCUAUUUCAGAAUAACGCGCAUAUCACAAUUUUGCGUUUAGAAAGCAAUAAAAUAGACACCCUAAAUGAGUUUAUAUUUAAAGGGUUGAAAAAUUUGGGAACUCUAUCUUUGGAAAGGAAUCGUAUUUCCAAUUUACCACCCAAAUUAUUUGCAAGCAAUAUCAAUUUGAUGGAAUUGAAUCUGCGCAAUAACCGAAUUAAAGCACUCUAUGGCGGCACCUUUAAAAACUUAACGAAUUUGAAAGCACUGUAUCUAAGUGAAAACGAUAUACAGCAUUUGGAAGCCAAUGUGUUUGCAGACCUAAUCAAUUUGAACACUCUCUGUUUGCGGAACAACACAAUCUCUAACUUAAAUGCGAAUAGUUUUACCGGAUUAACCCAAUUGGUAACCUUAAAUCUACAAUCAAAUCGUCUAUCUACGAUAAACAACUUCACCUUUAUGCAUUUACGUCAGCUGCUAUUUUUAAAUCUCAGUUUCAACAAUCUGACUAAAUUGGAGAACAAUUCAUUGUCGGGAUUAAGGAACUUGCAAUAUUUAUACCUUCAAGGAAAUCAUUUGAAAAUCCUUCAAGGAGGCAUUUUUCAUAAUACAAAUUCCCUGCUACAUGUAGCUUUAUAUAAUAACAAGGUAGAGGGAAUACAUCCAGGUGCUUUCAAAGGAUUAUCUCGAAUAUACCACUUAGAUAUAACACACAAUAAUAUCAAGACGUUAACUGCAGGAUCUUUCGACGGCUUGUCACAGCUAAUGAUGCUGAUGUUGGCGAAUAAUAACAUAGAAGCCCUGCCCAAGUCUGCUCUACGCGGUUUACCUUCUCUGGUUGGAAUAUAUUUGUCGAACAAUAAAAUCAAGCAAAUACCCGCAGGAGUUUUGCGAGAGGUCCCUCGUCUACGAUCGUUACAAUUAGAUCGCAAUUUAAUCAGUGGAAUAGAAGACAACGCAUUCGAAGGAAUGAGGGAAUUGAUACAAGUAUCCAUGACAGGAAACCAAAUCAAAUCAUUGACCAGUGCAACGUUUAAAGGGGCACCUGCAAUGGUUCAUUUAAACCUGAGAUUUAACAAAAUAGACACAAUUCCAGCUAAAGCAUUUGAACAUCUUCCAAAUUUACUUAUGCUCGAUUUGAGCUACAACGAAAUUUCGCAAUUAAACUCGUCAUCGUUUGUAAAUUUACGAAAACUAUUGCAUUUAGGCCUGUCCAACAACAAAAUAAAAUACCUACCCUCGAAUAUCUUCCAGCAUACAACUUCUAUCUCUACAUUAAACAUAUCACAAAAUUUGCUGAAUUCCAUAAAUAAACUUUCAUUCACUCAUUUACACUCGCUAGGAGGGUUAGCUAUAACUAACAACAACAUUUCCUCGAUUGAACCUUUUUCAUUUGAUGGAAUGAAAUUUUUGACAAUGCUCAAUUUGAGGAAUAAUUCACUCAAAUCUAUCGACAGUCGGACUUUUUACGGCUUGAUAUCGUUGCACACUCUAAAUUUGGAGAAUAAUAAGAUUAAUGCUAUUACUUCGGAUGCUUUUCAACACUUACCUCGUUUACGUAUUGUUACACUAUUGGGAAAUAAUGCUAGCUAUGGAAUAGUGUCCAAACUUCGAUCAAAUUCUAUGGGAGGAGGACCCAUCUAUGCUAUUUGAAUUUUAUAGAAUAUUAUCAGUAUCUAGAAUAAGUUCAGUAGUAAAUAUUAAACAAAGCAAAAUUUGGUGUUUCUGAAGUGAACUUAUCUGUAUAAUAAGAUUACUUUCCGUACUGAUAUUGCCCAUUUUUUUUAAGAAGUGGAAUUUUUCUCUUUAUCUUUUUGUGAAAAUACAUCGCGCUUCUGCUCAACCACUUCAUAGAAGUUUUUAAUAAGA